AUGGCGCAGCCGGUGCAGCUGGCGCCCGGCUCGCUGGCCCUGGUGCUGAGCCCGCGGGAAGCCGGGCAGGCGGCGGAGGAGCCGGGCGGCCGCGCGCUCUUCCGCGCCUUCCGCCGGGCCAACGCGCGCUGCUUCUGGAACGCAUGCCUGGCGCGCGCGGCGUCGAGGCUGGCCUUCCUCGGCUGGCUGCAGCGCCGGGUGCUGCUGGUGCGGGCGCCCCAGCCCUGCGUGCAGGUGCUGCGGGAUGCGUGGCGGCGCCGAGCCCUGCGGUCGCCCCGGGGCUUCCGCAUCACCGCGGUGGGUGAUGUCUUCCCAGUGCAAAUGAGUCCCAUAGCCCAGUGUCGGUUUGUGCCCUUGGCUGAAGUGCUUUGCUGCAGUAUAGCUGAUAUGAACGCGGCUCAGGCGGCUGUAACACAGGAAUCACUCUUGGAGCACUUGAAGAAACAUUACCCAGGUAUUGCGGUUCCUUCCCCAGACAUUCUCUACAGCACACUGGGGGCUCUAAUUCAAGGGAGGAAGGUUUACCACACAGGAGAGGGCUACUUCAUCGUUACACCGAACACUUACUUCAUCACAAAUACACCCAUGCAAGAAAAUCAGAGAGCCCUCCUGCCAGAUGAAGGGUGCCCAGUGCCUACUUCUGUGACCUAUCUGGUGAGUGUGGAUUGCUGUGCAGAGCUGGCCCAGGAGAACGAGGCCCCUGUUUCCCACUGUCCAUCAUGUCAGUGUUUCCUUGAUACAAGUGUGCAGGACUCUAAGGACCCACUGACUGGGGCAGAAGUGUCUAGAAAAAACCAGGAAGGUCUUGAGGAACCCACACCUUUGUCUAAGAACCAGGUAGCUGCAGCACCUGAAGACACCCACGUCAGUGUGAGCCCCAAACCAUUACCAUACACCAAAGACAAAGGCAAAAAAUUUGGUUUCGGUUUCUUGUGGCGAAGCUUGUCUAGAAGAGAGAAGCCCAGAACAGAGCACCACAGUUUCUCUGCACAGUUCCCACCCCAAGAGUGGCCUGUCCGGGAUGAAGAAAGCUCCAACAACAUCCCCCGAGAUGUGGAACAUGCGAUAAUCAGGAGCAUUAAUCCUGUGCUGACCGUUGACAACUUAAUCAAACACACAGUCCUAAUGCAAAAAUAUGAAGAACAGAAAAAAUACAAUAGCCAGGGCACUUCCACGGAUGCGCUGACCACCAGGCAUAAGCAUUCUUCUAAAGAAGGAAUUCGGAAAAGGCAGGGCCGCUUUGCCAAGCCUCACAGGCGGGGCUGUUCUCACAGGGAUAGACACAAAGCAUGGAGCCAGGGGAGUGAGCUGGAGCCAGGAAGCACUGGACUUUCUGAAAAGCACCCCAAGGUCCCCGCAGCCCAGCCUGCUCCCAGAAUGAAAAGCGGCAGUGAAGAAAUUCAGCAGUUGCGUGGUGGGACUCCAGCUGUGCUAGGUCCCCAUUUGAUUUACAAGAAACAGAUCAGUAAUCCUUUCCAGGGCAUGUAUCUCAGAGGGCCCCCAGUAUCCAAAGGGCACAAUGUUCAGAAGAGCCAUGAUCUGAAACCUGGUCCCGUCGGGCCAGAAGAAAAGCCUUUCCAGAGGGCAGGGUCUUCAGGUCCUUUGGGAGUCUUUGAUGGUGGAGGCCAGGAGCCAUAUUUGGAACAAUGCCAUGAUAAACUGGAAGCAGAAACCAUGCUUUCGAUGAAGGCUCCUGGCCAUCCCGCCAGUGACGUCAGAGGUGGCCCAGGAAAUUACCCUCCGUGUAAUGUUUUGCCAAGCCACCCUUGGGGCUGUUCUUUCAGGGAAAGCGUGUUGAGAAGUGAUCUGUAUAAUGAAGAAAACAAGAUCUUGAGGAAAAGUUAUUCUGACUGUGACGUGUUCUUGGGGACCACAGAAAUGCAUCAGGUCUUGCCCUCACAAAGUCCCCCCUCUUUAGACCCAGUAGUACCCUGUGUGUGUACAUCAGUGAAUAAGACCGUACACCAGUUCCAGAACCUGGGCCUCUUAGAUUGCCCAGUCGGAGCAAACCAUUUGAGGACACACGAACGACAAGGCGACUCCAAAGAUCUAUCUAGGAAGACAUUUGUCCCAGAGGCAGAGAUUGGGAAUGUGGAAAAUGAGGGGCCCUCCAACAAUGAGCAGGACGAGGCAGCCGUGAACCAGAGUGAGGCCGGGGUGGAUGACGGGGCCUGCAGUUCACUGUAUCUAGAGGAUGAUGACUUCUCUGAGACUGAUGAUGACUCCUGUCACACACUGCCUGAACACACUCAGCAUUCCUUUGCAGGUGGAGGCAGGCUGAAGCAAUGGCAGGGAAGACCAUUGGUGACUGGGAGACUUCUGACAGGAUGUAAUAGCAAAACUGAUAGGUUUGAGCCCCUGGCGCUUGAAAGGGAACACUGGUACAAGGCCACUGGGUUGUGUGCAAAUUCAGAGGAAGGUCCAAACCCUGAUCUCACAGACAACCCUGGCCUACAUUCAGGGACUCCAUUUGGUUUCCACUACAAAGGAGAGCCCAUGGCUGCCUGUGUCCAGGCCUCAGCAGCCGCUGGUGGAAGUUUACUUGAAUUCUCUACUGCAAGGAAAACCAGUUGUAGGGCUGAGAUCCUUCGAGAUUCUCCUGGUGACACAGGAAAGAAUCCAACUGGCUGGAGACAGAGCCCUGCAAAUCAGGAAAUGGAAAAACAUUUCGCAGACAAAUCACGACUUUUCAACACCUCCCAUGUGCCGGUGUUGGCUCAGGAGCCACAGCGAGAGCAUAGUCACCUGGAAAGGACAGAGAGUUGUAGCCUGACAGGAGACAGCGGGAUCGAUUCCCCAAGGACACAGAGCCUGGCAUCUAAUAAUUCGGCCGUUUUGGAUGGAGUUAGAAGACAGGGUUUUCUGCAGAACGGUGAAGACAUGAAGACGAACCACCAAACACCCGGUUCUUUGCUCCAACUAACCCCAGUCAUAAACGUCUAACUUUGAGAUGAGGUUUUACACUGUAGUUGAGACUGGCCCGGAUCUCAACGGGUAAUCCCCCUGCCUUAGCCUCUGGAGUGCUGGGAUUACAGGCAUAAAUUACCAUGUCAGGAUUAAAAUUUUAACUGACUUUGGAGAACUCUUUAAAAAAUUGGAUAUUGCCGGGCGGUGGUGGCGCACACCUUUAAUCC